UGCUUCACAAUUCACAUAAUUCCUUUUCUUCAUCCUCUUUUUUACCUUCAUACAUAGAAACAUCAUGUAUUAUCCACUCGAAGGGAUUAACCACUUAGAAAUCCCAGUUGAAGAUAUCCAAUCAGCAACCAAUGACAUGGCUGAUGAAUAUGUGAUUAGUUCAAACAAGGAAUUUACAACUUACAAAGCACAGCUUUUUUGGUCUGGACAGCUGAUCGAUAUUGUUGCACAAUCAUAUGAUCGACUUGAUGCUGAUGGAGUAUCCAUGUUCGAGAACACAGCUUUGAUCCUUUCUGGUCUGAAGCAUAAAAAUAUUGUCACUUUUCUUGGGUAUAGCGGGGAUCCAUAUUGGAUUUUCAUCUUAAGCAAGUAUGAACCCAAUAGAAGUCUCGAUGAGCAUCUAAGGGAGGCAUCAACACUCCCAUGGAUGGAAAGAUUGCAAAUAUGUGCUGGUAUUGCUCAUGGAUUAAGUUACCUCCAUUAUGAGGAGGGACGUGAUUACAGUGUCAUACAUUGCAACAUCAAAAGCUCUUCAAUUCUGUUAGAUGAAAACUGGGAGCCCAAAAUAUGUAAUUUUGGGCAUUCGAUAAGAACUCCGGUUGCUCAUAGGCAUCGUCUUCACCAUGCUAAACAUUCUGGUACGGAAGGAUACAUGGACGCGAUAUAUGAAGAGACAAGAGGUGUGACCGAAAAGUCGGAUGUGUUCUCGUUGGGAGUGGUGCUAUUUGAAGUUCUGUUUUGGAAGGAAGCAUGGAGUGAUGACGAAGAUGGGGAGUCUUUAGUUGAAUCGGCCAGAUCACACUAUGAAGAAGAAACUUUGGAGGAUUUGAUUGAUGCGGAUGUAUGGGAAGAAAUGGACGAGAAAUCAAUUAAAAUCUUCUCAGAAACAGCAUAUUCGUGUCUCAAGGAGCAGCGAGCACAUCGACCAAGUAUGGAUCAAAUUGUCAGACAACUAGACAAAGCAUUGCAACUCCAAAUGAAAUUCGAAAACCUUGAAGAUUCAGGAGGCGAGAGUAGUGAAGUUACAUCUUUUGACCGGCUGAAGGGGAAAGAUUUCGAACACUUGAAGAUUGGACUGAGUGAUAUAGAGUUUGCCACUGAGAAUUUUGCUGAACGUUACUGCAUUGGGUCAGGCGGAUAUGGCAAGGUGUAUAAAGCAGUACUUCAUCUUGAUCAGGGGACAAAUUCUUCCACAAUAGAAGAGAAUAAUAAGGAUGAAUUAAUGCCCAAGACAGGUAAAACUGUGGCUAUAAAGCACAUCUUUAGUAGAGGAGACAAACAAGGGGAAGAUGGGUUUGUUGCAGAAAUUGAAGCACUCACUAGUUGUAAGCAUCCCAACAUAAUUUCUCUUCUUGGAUUUUGUGUUGAAGGCCCUGAAAGGAUCCUUGUAUACGAGCAUGCUUCUAAUGGAAGCCUGGAUGAUUAUUUGGAAAGCAUCGGCAACAGGGCUAACCUUAGCUGGACGCAACGUAUAAGAACAUGUCUUGGUAUUGCACGUGGAUUGCACUGCCUUCACAGUGGUAAUGACAACAAACAAAACAUAAUACAUCGCGAUAUCAAGAGUGCCAACAUUCUAUUAGACGAGAGAUGGGAAGCAAAGAUUGCGGAUUUGGGGCUCUCAAAACUGUACUCUUUGAAUGAAAACUCCAGCACUAUCAAUACCAUUCAUAUUGCUGGAACAGAGGUGUACUUGGAUCCAGAGUAUUGGAGUACUGGUAAGUUGAAAAAAGCAACAGAUGUGUACUCUCUUGGAGUAGUUAUGUGUGAGAUCAUGUGUGGAAGGGUGGCCUAUGAUAAAAUUUAUAUGGCCGAGGAUGAGAAAGGACUGGGACCCAUCGCAAGACGACACUAUGAUAAAGGAACACUUAAGGAAUUGAUAGAUCCUGUCCUGAAGCAAGAGAGUGAUGAAAUCCUUUUUACUCAAAAUGAAGGUCUCAGUGAAGAGUCUUUGGCCACAUUUUUCGAAAUCGUUUAUGGAUGUUUGGCAGAAUCUCAAGCCAAACGUCCAAAAAUGGAUGUCGUCAUUAAGGGGCUUGAGCAAGCACUGUUUCUUCAAGAAAACUUCAAGAACAACCUCAAAUUUUCACUUGAACACAUAAAGUUGGCAACACAAAGCUUCAGUGAGAAGAAUAUUAUUGGUGAAGAAAAAUAUUGGCAUCUAUACAGAGGAGAAGUCCCACAAGCUAAUGGAAGUAACAUCAUUAUUGCAAAGCGAUUUAAGGGUGAUACUGGUUUUCUAAAAGAAGAAUUUUCCACUGAGUUUAUAAAUCUUCACGAGUAUACACACAAAAAUAUCAUUGGUCUUGUAGGCUAUUGUAAUGAAAUGGAUGAAAGAAUCAUUAUUUAUGAGAAUGCAUCUAAAGGAAGACUCAAUGGGUAUUUGAAGGACGUUAAUCUUACAUGGAUGAAACGUCUUAAGAUAAGUAUCGAUGUUGCGAGUGGGUUGGAUUUUCUUCAUGGAGGUAAUGUAACAAAAGAUGUGGUGGUGCAUAGGAGCAUCAGAAGCUCUAGUAUUCUACUUGAUGGUGAAUGGAAGGCAAGAAUUGGUGAUUUUGGGCUUUCCUAUGUAAGUUCAAGAGAUGACCCAAUUUCAUUUGACCUCAGGAAUACUUCCUGCACAACUCCUGACACAGAGUAUGAAAAGAGCACAGACACCUUAACCAAAGAAUCUGAUAUAUAUUCAUUUGGGGUAGUUUUAUUUGAGAUCUUGUGUGGGAGUGGGACGUUGUCAUUUGUAAAAGAGGUUGAUGAGCUAGGGAACUUCGUUAAUCACCACUUUCCAGAAGGAAAACUUGUGUUUGAGGGUAUAAAGGAACAAAUUGUGCCUCAAUCAUUGACAGUAUUUCAAGAAAUUGUCGUUCAAUGCUUACAGUACAAGAGAGAAGAUCGACCAAUGGCAGCCCAAGUGUUGAUGCAACUCAAGAAAGCAUUGGAAUUCCAAGAAGAUUAUGAAAUGUGGGAGCCCAAACUGCCUAAAGACUACAAAGAAAUAAUCCUAAUGUCAAAAAACUCCAACGUCUACUCUAUGUCAAAGAAAGAAGAUAUCUACAAUAUGCUCUUGAAAGGAAUCCUCAUUCAAGAGGGCAACGUGUGGUUUUCAAUUGGAAGUAAUGGAAAAAGAGAUGAAUUGAUAUCAGCAAGAAAGUUUUCAUACAAAAACCGAUUGUCACAUAAGUGGCGAUCUGCAACAAAAUCAAGGUUACCCUCUCUGUCUCCCUUCUUGUGCCUAUUUUUAUGUGUACGUACAUUGAUGUUAAAUGUAAUUAUAGCUCUCUUAUAUAAUUGUCAAUUGAUAUACUCAGAUAUCUUUUAAUUUUAAAUGUCAUGUGUUCCCAAGCAAAAUAAACUAAUAAUAUCGGUUCAUAACCUAUUGUGAAGCUAAAUUUUGAACUCGCAUAAUGCAUGAUAGUUUACAUUUUUAGUUUGAUGUUGCUCGAUAUUCACAAUAUUAUAAGCUACAAAAACAGAACAUACUACAAUAUUUACACUCUAAAAUUAUGAAAGACAAACUGAAGUUUCGGUAAAGUAUAAGAACUGAGUAUGUCAAUAUAUUUCUGCAAUGCAUAUGUACAACUUUUACAAAUCAUCAUAUACAAAUCGCUACGUAUAGUACCAAGAUGAUUUUGACACAAGGUUACCAAUCAAAAGAUUUCUUCACAUUUAGGUUUUUAUUUUAAAUUUCUUUAGACGCAUAGAUGUAGAAUCAGAGGACACUCUUUUCAAAAUCUUUUAUUAUUUGAGAAAAAGCUUUUAAAUAGUGUUUAUCAUUGGAGAGGGCACUUCGAUCACUUAGUAUGCCAGGGCAUAGAACAAUAGAAGCUAUACUAAAUUGGAGUACUCUAAUAUCUUUAAACAUAUGCAGAUUUCAUAAAGUGGCAGAGAUGUUAGAUAUCUCCAAUCUAAAGAUCCAAAUAAAGAUAAAGCCUCGUUUUUUUGUCUAAAGAUGUCAAUUAUGGUGUUAAUCUCAUCUUUAGAUUUUGUGGUCCAAUAAAAUCAAAAGCUAAACGGGUGUAUGUGAACCUCAAGUACAAAAACAGGGGCCAAACCUUACAUGCAUAUUUCGCAACAUGGAGAGAAGAUGAUUGAAUUGUGUCGAUUCUUAAAUGACAAGGAAGAUAUUGAUUUUGAGUUUCUACUAGAGAGCUUUUCAAAAUGCUACUGUGAAAGUGGUGUCAUCUAUAUUGAAGGCAUUGAGUUUAGAGCCAUUGAUUAUGCAAGUUUGAAGAUACUCUUUAGUUCCCAUUCUAUACUUUUUUUAUUUAUACAUUGAAACAGAGAAGGAUGUAUUGACCACAUUUCGUGUUCUAGGUUACACUUUCUAACACUAUGUCUUAUAAUUUUUAUACAGGUGAAACAUGAAGAAAUCAAAGUUGAAAAUUAUGACGAGGGUGAAAAGUCAUUUAGUGAAAAUGAUGUGAGCAAAAAGAAGCAUUAUAUGCUUUCAGCAAAGGAGGCUCUUUAUGAAUCUUCUAAUGUGAAGCUUUUUGAUUCAAUACCCUCAACCCAGUCAAGAUUCCAAGAGGUGAUUGAGCUUGCACGACAACAAGUAUUCCAUAUCAAGUGCAAGAUUGAAAGUCAAAGGUUGUCAUCAGAUACAGAAUACGCAUGUUACAUUGUGUUCAAGCUUUCAGAAAAUUGUCACGGGUUGCAUUGUCCUGUAAUAGUACGAGAUUUACUCCAACACAAAAACAAAGAGAAAGGAAUUCUUCAUUUUAGAUCCCCAACCCCAUGUAAUGUCAAUGACACUAAUCAGGUUCCAAAAGAGAGGGAAGAUGGAUGGAUGGAGGUCAAUGUGUGCCAAUUUAACUCAAGUAAUCAGCUUCGAGAUGAUUGUGUUUCUAUAAAUUUGAAACUGAUAAGUUAUGAAGGAACUAUGUCUGGCCUUAUUGUAAGCAGCCUCGAGUUUCGGUCUAUUUAAGCUGAUAUAUGAGAUAAUGAUGUCACUUUUACUGUUUCAAGUGCUACAAGUCUAGUUGUACAUUUUCCACCAAACAAUUGUUCAUCUUUGUUACAGACAAGCUCAAUUACAUUGUAUGCACUAAAUGGCCCUAGUUGAGUAUAAUGUGUUCUUUUAUAAU